CCCGAGCAGGGAAGAUGGCGGCGGCGGGCGCGGGGGCCGGGCCCGGGUCCGGGGCCGGUGCGGGUUCCUCGGCCGGUACCGGCGCUUCCAACCCGCGCAAGUUCAGCGAGAAGAUCGCGCUGCAGAAGCAGCGCCAGGCCGAGGAGACGGCGGCCUUCGAGGAGGUGAUGAUGGAGAUCUGCUCCACACGGCUGCAGGCGCAGAAGCUGAGGCUGGCUCACAGCCGAGGGCCCUACUACAGCGGCUCCCUGCCCAACGUCAACCAGAUCGGCAGCGGCGUCAGCGACUUCCAGGGCCCUUUGCACUCGCCGCUGGACUCCACACGCAGCACCCGGCACCACGGGCUGGUGGAGCGUGUGCAGCGGGACCCGCGCCGGAUGAUGUCCCCCCUGCGCCGGUACGUCCGGCACAUCGACAGCUCCCCCUACGGACCCACCUACCUGUCGCCUCCGCCCGAGCCCAGCUGGAGGAGGACCAUGCCCUGGGGGAACUUCCCCGUGGAGAAGGGACAUUUGUUCAGGCUGCCCUCAGCUCUCAACAGAACAAACUCGGACUCAGCCCUGCACACCAGCGUGAUGAACCCCCCGGGCCAGGACUCCUACCUGGGCCCCUCGCAGCCCCCCCCGGCGCCCGGCCGCCGCAGCGGCUUCCUGGACGGGGACACAGACAGCAAAGUGUUUCUUUUCCAAGUGCCUCCCAUCGAAGAGACUUUCGAUGACAACAAGCAUUCGCUGAAGCCCUGGGACACCAAGAAGCUCUCCUCAUCCUCAGCCCGGCCACGUUCCUGCGAGGUGCCCGGGAUCCACAUAUUCCCAUCCCCGGAUCAACCUGCCAACAUCCCCCUCAUCCCCUCAGCCCUCAACACAGGCGGUUCCCUCCCUGACCUCACCAACCUGCACUUCCCCUCCCCGCUGCCCACCCCCCUGGACCCGGACGAGACCACCUACCCCAGCCUGAGCGGGGGCAACAGCACCAGCAACCUGGCCAACACCAUGACCCACCUGGGCAUCAGUGGCAACAUGGGCCUGGGCACGGGCUACGACUCGCCAGGACUUACCUCACCUAUGCAGAGCUCCCUGAGUAACCCGUCCCUGCAGUCCUCGCUUAGCAACCCCAACCUCCAGGCCUCCCUGCGCAGCCCCUCGCUCCACUCCUCCCUCAGCAACCCCUCGCUCCAGUCCUCCCAAAGCAGCUCUUCCAUCCCCUCCUCGCUCUCCAACCAGUCCCUGCCCUCCUCCCUCUCCUCCUCCCUCAGCAAUCCCUCCCUGCCCACGUCUCCCAGGAGCCAGCCCAUCCAGUCUUCCCCCAGCAACCCCAGCCUGCCGUCCGGCCUGAGCGGCUCCUCCUACCCCCCCGUGGUGCAGGCCUCCAUAAACACCUCGCCCCGCCGACGGGUCCCGCUCAGCCCCCUCACCCUGCCCAUGGGUGCUGGAGACUCCAGAAGGCAACACCCCAAACAGUUCUCACCAACAAUGUCACCCACAUUGUCCUCCAUCACCCAGGGGGUGCCCCUGGACACCAGCAAGCUGCCGCCUGACCCACGGCUCCCUGUGUACCCCUACGGCCAGCCCAGCCUGCUCCUGCAGCCGCAGCCCAGCCCCAAAGCCCUGCAGCAGCCGGGGCUGCCCCCCGGCGCCACCCCCCCGGCGCCCCCCGGCCCGGCCCCGCAGCGCCCGUACGGGCCCCAGUACCAGCCCAGCGCCCCUGUGCAGCAGCAGCAGCAGCUGGGACAGGCCCUGAGCGACUUCGGCCUGGGCAGCUUUGAGCAGUUUGGGGUGGGUGAGAGCCCCACCGGCCCCAGCAGCGCUUUCCCCGAGGAUCUGGGGGCUCUGAGCUACCCCCAGAGCGAGGCCACCUACGACCCCCCCGUCCUCCACCGCCACAACCUGGGCAACUGCAGCCGCCACGGGCCCAUCCCCAACAUCGUCCUCACAGGAGAUUCCCCCCCUGGCAUCUCCAAGGAGAUCGCCACGGCGCUGGCCGGGGUCCCCGGCUUCGAGGUGGAGGCUCCGGGGGCGGCGCUGGGGCUGGAGGAGGAGCUGAAGAUCGAGCCGCUGAGCCUGGACGGGCUGCACAUGCUGAGCGACCCCUACGCGCUGCUCACCGACCCCGCCGUGGAGGAUUCCUUCCGCACAGACCGCCUGCAGUGAGGCCCCCGGGCUGGGGGCUGUGCGGCCCCACAUCAGCCAAACACAGACCCCUGGGGGGCUCUGCCAGCCCCACAUCAGCCUCACACAGACCCCCAGGGCUCUGCCAGCCCCACAUCAUCCUCACACAGACCCCUGGGGGGCUCUGCCAGCCCCACAUCAGCCAAACACAGACCCCCAGGGCUCUGCCAGCCCCACAUCAUCCUCACACAGACCCCCAGGGCUGUGCCGGCCCCACAUCGGCGUCACACAGACCCCCAGGGUUCUGCCAGCCCCACAUCAGCCAAGCACAGACCCCUGGGGGGCUCUGCCAGCCCCACAUCGGCCUCACACAGACCCCAGGGGGUCUCUGCCAGCCCCACAUCGGCCUCACACAGACCCCUGGGGGGCUCUGCCAGCCCCACAUCAGCCUCACACAGACCCCCAGGGCUCUGCCGGCCCCACAUCGGCCUCACACAGACCCCUGGGGGGCUCUGCCAGCCCCACAUCAGCCCAGCACAGACCCCUGGGGGCUCUGCCAGCCCCACAUCAUCCUCACACAGACCGCCAGGGCUCUGCCAGCCCCACAUCAGCCUCACACAGACCCCUGGGGGUCUCUGCCAGCCCCACAUCAUCCUCACACAGACCCCUGGGGGCUCUGCCAGCCCCACAUCAGCCUCACACAGACCCCUGGGGGCUCUGCCAGCCCCACAUCAGCCUCACACAGACCCCUGGGGGUCUCUGCCAGCCCCCUACAUCCUCCCAUGGAGCCCCCCCUCAGGGAGGACCCUGUGCUGAAGGAGGCUCUGCCAGCCCCCCACAUUCUCCCACAGACCCCCCUUGGGCCCCUCACCCCCCCAUCAGACCCCUCCCCAAAUCCCCUCUCUCUCCCCCUUUUCCCCAGGGCGGGGGGAUGUGCCCCAUGAGCCAGGAGCUCUCUGACCACCCCCCAGCCUCAGCGUGGGGGGCUCCCACCCCCGGGGGCAGCUGUACAUAACCCUGUAGGUAGAGCCCCCCAGGGUGAGGAUACUGGGGGGGGUGUAGGUGUGUGGGGGCCGCUUCUGUUUUUACUCUCUUUUUCUGGCUAAUCAUCAUGUUUAAAGACAAUUCCUGCUUCCCCCCCGCCCCCCCCCUUCAGCUGCACCCCAAAUGUACCCCCAGCCCCCCCCAGCCGCCGGGGACCCCGUGGGGGGGUGUAGAAAGCACUUGUAACUUUGCCCCCUCCCCCCCUCUCCCCACAGCCCUGAGGCACGAGGGGGCCCGUCCGCGGGGCUUUGGGGGAGGGGGGCUCCAGGACCUGUGUCCCCCCCCUCUCCUGGGAGGGAGCCAGAGUGAUUUAUUAUUAUUAUUAUUAUUUUUUAAAAUAUAUUCUAUGUUAAUUAAA